AUGCCUUAUCCCAGUCGUAAAGGAGGGAAGGUGUCACGUCGCCAGAAGAAGAGAUUAGAUAAUGAUGAUGAACAGCGCGAGCUCCUACUCAAAGACAAGAGCCAAGAAUACGCUUACAUCGAGAAGGCUCUCGGCCACGGUCAGUUCCGGGUCCGGAUUCUCAGCGUAAAGGGGGAUGGCAUCCCAGCUAUACGCCACGCUAUCGCCCGGGGCAGUAUGAGUAGGAGGAGACAGUUCGUCAGUGAUGGUGACGUUGCUCUUGUAGCACUUCGUGAUUUCGAAGAAGAUAAGGUGGACAUAAUCCAUUUGUAUAGGGAGUCUGAGAUAGCACGACUAAUUGAGUGUGGCGAGUUGCCCAGUAAUGUUUUUGAUCCUCCGCAAGGUGACGAGAUAGAUGCGCCGAGUAAUUUUGUGAUCAUAUUUGUAAAUGAGGAAGAUGGUGAAGGUGGUGAAGAUGAUCACAGUGAUGGCGACGAUGAUGAUGAUGAGAUAUUCACCAACAUACCAAGUAAAUAA